AUGCCUGCUUUGAGGACCGAGAGAGAGAUUAGAGGCUUUCUUGGCAGAUUACAGUAUAUCAAUCGUUUCAUUGCCAGAUUGAUAGACAUAUGCAAGCCUAUCUUCCGUCUUCUGAAGAAGAGCCAACCUACAGUUUGGGAUGAUGAUCGCCAGCGCGCUUUCAAGAAGAUUAAGGAGUGUCUCCUUUCUUCUCCAGUUUUAGUACCGCCUACGCCAGGAUGCCCUCUAUUUCUGUACUUGUCAGUAUCGGACAUUGCCAUAGGAUGCAUGUUGGCUCAACUCGAUGAUUUAGGAAAAGAGAGAGCCAUUUAUUAUCUGAAUCCAUUAAGAUAUCUGUUCGACAAGCCUGUUUUGACUGGUAGGCUCAUCAUGUGGUUAGUGCUACUGACAGAGUUUGAUAUUCAACCAGUUGACGAUGAUUUCCCUGAUGAGCAGUUUGUCUCAGUGACUAGUAUUGCAGGAUGGUUUGAGGAGUUGAGAUAUAUACAUUUGCCUAGGGCAGAAAAUCAAUUUGCUGAUGCGGUAGCCACCUUGGCUUCUAUGAUUGAGAUCCAUAUGAGAGUGACUGUGCAACCAUUGCUGAUUGAGACCAAGUUCGCACUAGCUUAUUGUUGUCUGAUUAGAGAUAUCGAGGAUCAGGAUGGACUACCAUGGUACCAUGAUAUUUAUCAGUUUCUGUCAUGUGGCUCUUACCCUGAGUCAGCCACUGUCAAGGAUAGGAGAGCUUUGAGGCAGUUAGCCACUAGAUUUGUGAUUUGUGGAAAGUCAUUGUACAGACAAUCGCCCAAUGGCCUAUUGUUGUUAUGUCUAGACCGUGCCUCUGCAGAUCGAGUGAUGAGAGAGGUUCAUGCAGGAGUUUGUGGCCCACACAUGGGAGGACACAUGUUGGCCCAAAAGAUUAUGAGGACAGGUUAUUUCUGGUUGACCAUGGAGGCAGAUUAUUGUCAGUUUGUUCAAAGGUGCCCAGAGUGCCAGAUGCACAGUGAUCUCAUUCAAAUGCCACCUUCGGAGUUGCAUUCACUCACAUCCUCUUGGCCAUUUUCAGUGUGGGGUAUUGAUAUUAUUGGAAAGAUCUUGCCCAAGUCUUCCAGCAGGCACGAGUACAUCUUAGGAGCCAUUGAUUACUUCACCAAGUGGGUAGAAGUCGCUUCUUACGCCAGAUUGACAGUGGCUAAGGUGGCCAACUUCAUCAGAUCACAUAUCAUCUGCCGAUAUGGAGUCCUUCAUGAGCUGAUCUCAGACAGAGGGGUGCAUUUAAGAGGUGAGGUGGAUACAUUGGUUCAAGAGGAUGACAUUUAG